CUCCUGAUCGUUUCAUUUUUUAACGAUAGAGACUUGUCAGCCAUGUUUCUCCGAACGUGUUUUGGAACUGUGUUUUUGUUCGUGGUGACCAUCAAAGCUGCCCCCUCUCCCAUCCCCGAAGACCUUCAGAAGCCGUCAGGUAAUGUGAGGAUGUCUUUUGAAGUUCCAAGCCACUAUUCCAAUAGUCAUUCUUUCAGAAAGCAACCCACACCCGCUGCUGAAAGAUAUUUUUACUGAUUCAAAAUUUUAAUAGACGAAAGACCUUUGGGGUAAGGCUGUGUAAUUUUCACCCCCACACAGACAACGAUUGAUACCCCUCCGUUACGCCUACAAUAAUGCGAUCCCCCAAAAGUCUCCCCCCCCCCCCCCCCCCACCAUUCUCAGUCGAUGAAUUAUGACUGAUUCCAUAGAUGAGUUUUACCAAAUUAGUUAUUUAAUCACUUUUGUUUCAACGUCUGACCCAUUCUUCUUGGAGCGAAACCAAUUAAUGGAUUAAAUCAGUGGAUUUUGGAAUAACGGAGGGUCAAAUUGUAUCAUGACGCUUCUUGCAGAUGCAGCUUUACCUUAUCUGAGUACGUAACUGUAAUUGUAAAAAAAGGAAUUGGACGUCUGCUAUUUUUUUUUUCGACCAGUAUUGUUAGAAAGAGACAAGACAUCUAACUGGACACAAUGUCCUUCUCGCUCCAAAUUACGAUUAAACCAACUGAACGCAAAAUAUCGUGGUUCAUAAGGAAGAUAUUGUUAAUUUUUCGGUUAAACCAACAAAUCAAAUUUAUUCAUUUUCCUUCACAGGGGUUGAAGAAUUCUUAGAAAAGGAAUUACAGUUGAUGAACAAAUAUCGUUUGAUGCACGCUGCCGCUCCUCUCCAGCUCUCACUCGACCUGACUAACAAGGCCGAGUUAUGGGCAACUCAACUGGCCAAUCAGGACAAGGAAAAGAUUGACGUCAACUCCAAAUAUGGUCAGAACAUUUUCUCGACCAAAGACGAGAAAGACGUCGCAACUAAAAGCGUGCAGUCGUGGUAUAAUCAAAUUAGAUUCUAUGAUUUUCACAGCGCAAAGGAAUCUCUGAAAUCCUCUUAUUUUACCCAGCUUGUCUGGGUUGGGUCUCAGGAAGUCGGCAUUGGAAAGGCGAAAAGUUCAACCGGUAAAACCUACAUUGUGACCUUGUUCAACCCUCCUGGUAACAAAGGAAACUUCCUGCAUAAUGUGCUCCCAGUGACAGGUUUGUUGGUCAAAAAAAAGCUGUUAAAAAAAGGCACAUAUUACCAUCAUCAUUUACAUCAUCCUGGCACAUAACCACCAUAUCAACAUUAUUAACGAAAUAGUAUGAAGGAAGUUUGUCACCGAGGACCUAGCAUUAAGAUCUAGCUAGCCUGCCACGAGUCUCCAACAGUUCAGUGAUAGAGCAUCCCAAGUACUAAUCGGAAGAUCGAAGGUUCUACUCCGAGUUGGGAGCACUCGGAGUUCCUUUUGUCUGAGCAUACUUGUGUCGUUCACUGCAUAACAUCAUUCUUCAUGAUAUAGCACGAUAACUAUACUUUUCCAAAUUUUUUUUCUUUUUCAGGAAGUGGUGUUGGAAAGCAAGGACUAUGUAAGAUUGUUUUUAUUUUGACACUCCUUGCCAUAAUUGGUAAUGAUAAACCAUCUCAGUGCAAUAACAUGACAAAUCUCUGAGUUCUAACAAUUUAUCAAGCUGAUUUGAAUUUUUACAGCAAAGUGCCCCAAUGGAUAUAAACUGUACAACAACAUUUGCUACAAAUACUUCCCUGGUCCAGUGAACUGGGUUCAAGCCUCGGAGAAAUGCGCUGCGGACUUUGCCACUCUUGCAUCGAUUGGGAGUGAAUCUGAGGAUAUUUUCGUGAGAACUGUUUUGGUAAGGAUGACUGCAGAAGUCCAACACUGGAAAAACCUUUUUUCUUGCCAGCCUGAUUUCAAGCCUUCACAACAAAGUGCAGGUUUACAGGCCCGCAUAAGAGUUUUCAGUAAAUAGCUAAUUUUCAAAUUGAUGUUCGUUCAAUAUCUUUGGCACAGCUGUUGAAGUGAAACUGGUCACUUAGAAAAGCCAGGAAGAUUAAUUAAAAUGUCCCAGAGUUUCUCCGAACAUUUCUUAUAACAUUCGGUUGAGGGAAAAUUUGGGAUGAAUAUUAGCAGCGUUUUCACUGCCUGUAAUCACGAUCCUCUGCUCGCGCUGAUAGGCCUGGCCGUGCAGAUGCCACCUUUAAAACGGUGAUCAUUUCAGCAUUAAGAGGAAAAUAUUCUAAAAAAACAAAAACUUUAACGGUGAGAAGGUAUCCCAAGACAAUAUGAUAGUGUGUGCCAUGUGCACAAAAUUAGGUGACAAAUGGGAAAUAGAGCACCCGUGACACACAUACAUGCCGUGGACCUGUUUUCCCCUGUGUUCGCCUACACCAAACACCAGUGAAUCUGUCAUAGAGGAACGUGGUUGAAGAUACUUCCAGAGUUCCCGUCCAAAACGAAGGAUAUGAGUAGAUGAGCGUAACAUUUUUUUUAUCUCUUUUACAGACUUCAGCUGGUGUCUCAGAUGCCUGGAUCGGGGUGAGCGAUUUGACGAACGAUGGAGUCCUGUCAUGGCUGGAUGGAAGCCCACCUCACUUUAUGAAUUGGGAUUUCUACCAGAAGAACUUUCCUGGAAAAAAGUGUGGGGUCAUAUUUACCAACUUUAACUGGAAGUAUAAGGCUUGCGAUGGAUCGCGAGGAUUCGUUUGCAAGCGACCGCUGAGAGGUCAGUGAAACCACAUCCUCCCCUUCCAUCCUCCCCUUUCCCUUCCAUCCUCCCCUUUCCCUUCCAUCCUCCCCUUUCCCUUCCAUCCUCCCCUUCCAUGAUGGGAGGAAGAGGAGGUAGCAUUGAAAGAGCAAAUAAGGAUAGAACAAAUGACGUAUUUUCUUAGAUUACAUUAUGCGUGUGCUCACAUUUUAGAUGGACGUUCACUGAUUGGUAAUAAACGGUGUAAUUGACGAUGAUUAAAACGAAAUUAUCGUACUACAUCGAUCCUUGAUGUAGCAAAGGUUCUCAGGGCAGACCAUCUACUGCGGGCCAGUGGGUCAGUCCUGCAAGAAGUCGGUCAGUCAAUCAGUCAGUCAAUCAUUCUUUUUAUCUGCCCGUCAGUCAGUUCGUCAGUCAUUUCAUCAGUCAGUCAAACAUUCGCUCAGUCCAUAAGCCAUGCGGUCGAUCAGUCAUUCCAUCAAGAUUAAUAUCUCUUCAGCCAACCAGGGCAAUAAUUAAUUUAUCUUCCUUCCAAAGUUGAAUUGUCGUAAAUAGAUGAUUGCCAUAUUUUGAAAUUCACCUGGCUGACGCAUGUAUGUACCUUACGGAUAAGACCUGCAGUAGAUUUGACAGGCCAAAUCCAUAUAAACUUAAACAUCGCCAAAGAAAAAGUCACGGAUGAAGAGAUAAACAGGAAUUUGUUUUGUCAUAAGCUUGUUCCUUACUUACCAGUCGCACCCUUUAUUUCAGGCAUAACCGAAUACUUAGUGAUUCUUCGUUACCAAAACAAGUUGUGGACCGACAACCUUUACGUCCCGGGAACUCCUAGGUACCAAGCUCUCAGCAGACAUAUCCAAGAAGCGGUAAGCGACAGAAUAAGUUCGCAAUGCUUUUUUUUUUCUUAAUCGAUAGAGCCGCCUUAAGUGACCAUUAGGAACGUUAUCUGGAUAACCCAUUACGCCACAGUGUCUGGCGACUAUUCCCUUCUCUUCGCCGUUAUCCCAAUAAAUAUAUCAACAUCCAUUCUCUCAAAAUGUCAAUAAUAAUGUGACACACUACAAAAAUUGAACUGAUGAAAGAAGCAGAUGUAAGAAUUAAAAUCCAUCCAAUAAGUGAUCAGGCUUAGUAGCCCGGCCAGGUAGGAUAUCUUUGGUGUGAUAGAGCCGACCUUGUUUCUAAACAUUUUCGUUUGAUCGACAGCUUCUAGAUGUAUACGGUGACUUUGAUUGGUUUGAACAAGUCACGGUGGAUCACUUCAGGUAAGGCUGGAACGAUACAAGUUGUGGGAGUCACGUGAUGCUUUCAUUGUGAAGAUCUCUUGCAUAACAAGCCACAACAUAGAAAUACCUCAUUUUUUGUUAAAUCCGAAGUAACAGAAAAAUACGAAUCUUGGUUAGCAAUAAAAUCAAUAGUUGGUUCCCACAAAUAUAACCAGGAGUGGCAAAUAGCCGAAUUCGAAAAUCGGCGAGACCCCAAGAAUUCCUUAUUAUCACUGUAGCUAUACUCAAAUGAGUGCAAGGUAUUUUUAAUUGCAUGGAAAUGUUGUCUACCAGUUGUUAGCCCUUUCUCGAAUUCAUUUUGCGAUGUAUCAGCUUCUACAUCGCAAUGUUUUCAAAUUUCAGCGAUCAUACACAGACUUCUGUCAUCCACAACGAUAACUCUAAGCUGGGCUAACCUAGAACGAAGAGUAUCGGCUUUACGAACAAAUCCCUGAGUCUGACUUCGCAACACAUCCCAAGAGCUGAAACUGUUUCAAAAUCGGUCAAAAAGUUUGCGAUACAUACAAUUCGUUAAGGUACCAUUCGCCAUUCCCAAUGCCAUUUCUAGUUAAUUCAAAUAGCUCCUACUCCUUCUUUACAUUUUGUCAAUCAGCUGGAACCUCCAAUUCUCACUCACAAUUCUACUUUUUCAUAUAGCAAAGGGGAUGAAGACAAAAUCCUGGCUUACUUCAAACUACGCUUCACUCCUGAUGACACCUCCCCAGCUGAUCCGAUCCAGUUUCUCCGAGACUCUAUUCAGGGAAAUGGCGCCUCAAAAAGAAGUGUCAUCACCGGAACUCUUCAUGGGGAAAAAGUUCAGCUUGUUAACGCCACUUUGAUUGUGGGUGAGUGUUCAGAAAAGGAAAAAAACACCAAGUGCAGGUGUACAAUGAAAUGAAUACCUCUUGCACUGUGAUUGGACGUUUUGUAUGAUCUAUUGGAAUACAGAUGCAUGAUGCCAUGCGGUUCGUUUCUCGUUUCGUUGUUACCACAUUUUGAAUUUACGCCACUUUUCAAGUGAAACUGAACAGCCAUUCCGCAACACGGAAUCUACCGGAUAAAUAGAAUGCGGCGAGGGUCAAAAGGCCACGCCAUCAGCUGUUCCAUUUGCCAAUGCGUGUUUGACGCGCACCCUCUUUUGAGCCCCACAGUCCUUUGAGCUUUACUCGCUCGCGUCAAGUUGAGUCCCAUUUCGCUUUCACCAGUGUGGCAAAGGUUAUCAGCAAUUUAUUAUUUUUAGAAACCUUGGGUAAAUUAAAUGGAAAAUCAUCAAGUUUACGAACUGCUCCCUUGUCUAGUUAAAUGUAUACAGAGAUAUUUGUUCUUUGUUUCUUCGGAGGGUGGAAUGUCUGUCUUAAUUAAAAACUAAUGCUCCUAUUGAAUUUGUUUCCUGCAGUGGACCAGACUCCAGAGACAUGUCCCAGUUAUUGCAUGAGUUCGCAAUGCAUGCCGGCCGCCUGUAGCCCAUGGUGCUGUGAUUCAUUUGGCCAGCAGUUUUUCCAAAGCUCUUAUGGAGCACCACAACAGCCUGGUUACAACAUGGUUGGUUCUCCAGCAGGCCAAAUACAAGGUUAUCCCCCACCAAACCCCUUUUCAGCCCCUCAGCAAGCCCAGUUUCAGUACCGACCUCAACCACAGCCCGCUUACCCGAUCCUUCCGCGGCAACAGCCAUAUCAGUACCCAAUUUCACCCCCUCAAUACCCAUUACCACCUCAACCGCAGCCGUACCAAUAUCCACUUCCACCUCGGCCACAACAACGCCAAUACCAACCACAGACUCCCAUCCGGUCCCCUUACCCAGUCCCUCUACGACCGCAAACGUAUCCUUUCCCAAUCCCUGUGCAACCGCAACAGAUUCGUUAUCAGGUUCCGCAAAGACCAGCCACACUUCCAUCGCCACAGUUCUUAAUUCUACCGCGUCAACCACAACCCCAACACCAAGCACCACAGCCAUACCAGGCUAUCCCAAGGCCAGCGUAUCCGCAGCCUUGGCCUGUUUUUCCGCAGCCUCAGCAGAUGAUUCAGCAGCCUCCACCACAGUUCUUGCAAAUGGGCCAAAAUACAAAGGAAAAGCAGAAGCCACAAGCUGGUCAAGGGAAGUCACCGGUACAACUACAAGGGGUGGUCACCUCGUACCCCUUCCAGCAGCCAUACCAGCCCGUGCCAAAUCCUCCGAUGCCUUUCUACCAGCCAACCUUCCAGCAAUACUAUCAACCCACAGUUGCGGCUGCCAAGCCACCUUCACAAAGUAAAGAGAAGGGGAAGGAGUCAGAGAAGGAAUCUGAGAGCGGCAAAGAAAAGUCUCACGAGAAACCUCCGCCAGUCACUAUACCACAGCCAACCUAUCCUUAUUCGGGAUAUCCUCCACAGUCUUCCUACCCUUACUAUUCCACUCCCAUGCCAUCAACUCAGAUACCAUGGAAGAUAAGAAUCUACAGACCUGCCUUAACUAUUCCCCGUUCAUCGCCUAUUCCCCUGAUUAACCCGGGAUAUCCGAUUCCAAAUAUGCAGCAGCCAGCCUAUCAGUCAUACCCUGUUCCCCCUCCGCAAUAUCGGCUACCACCCGCUGGUCUACAACCCGCAUCUCCAGGACUUCGACCUUUAGAACAAAGACCAUUGUAUCCACAAGUCAGCCCUCCUCAACUAGGUUAUCCGAUGCAGCCACCCUUGCCAGUCAGUCCCUAUCGGCCGCCCUUUUCUUACCCCAACCCAUAUCCCGGCGUACAAAUCCCGCAAACAGCUCCUGUACGGGGGCGUAAGUGAUGAACUUGGCUUCUAAAAAAAAGUUUGAAAACUGAUAAUGGAUUAUUUCUCAGGGAAUGAAAUAUGAAACGUUGUCAUAUUCAAGAUAUAUGCUUCAAAUUUGUACAAAGAGCUUAAGAAGUUUCAACUAGGAAAUAACUUAUUGAUAUUAAUCAAUACAUUCUGUCAUAGCUCAGAUGACGCAGUUUUGAUUGAUUCUGAGACACAGGUGGAGUCUCCCAAAACGGUGCAUCCUCAUUGCUGCAGCAAGUUCGGGUGACUUUCUUCUUUUCUCCUUAUGAAGGGUUUAGCUUAGCUAGGCAACUUAAAUCUCUUCCCGGAAGAAAUUCAAGAUGAAAAACUACCAUCAAUUUCGCCUGUAAAUAAAUAUUUACUGUACAUGGGACACAUUUGCAUGCCGGUUAUAAUAGCUAAGAAUUACUGCGGUAAAAAAAGAUCGUCAUGUAAAUAUUAUGAUCUGUAUCUUAUUAUCUUCAGCCAGGGCGAUAGCAAAGCUUUAAUUGUUACUGUUGAUGUCGUUUUUCUCUCUUUUUUUUUUUUUAUUGGAGUACUGUCUUAGUGGCCGAUGCCUAAUUCAUGUUCAGUAUAAACAAAGAUCCAAUUCAUUUGAAUUUGCCGCUUCAUUGUGUUCGAUUCCUCAAGGUCAUAUUCCUUGUUUCUUCAAAUAAGCGCCCAGAUGCUUAUUUAAAAUUUCGGUUGAGAGAAGGGUGCGGCCCUUAUUGGAAGGAGAGCGCUUAAUAGUCGGGGGGGGGAGGGAGGGGGCGAUUAUUAUUCUCAUGCGCUGAUUCCGUUGUAGUUUAAACAAAAAUGUUUGAAUAAAGUGACAAUGGAAACAUGCUGUCCUUAAAUCUCUAAUAUUUAAAAAAAUGAGAGAGGAGUGGGGGUGCUUACUCGAGAGGGGCGCUUGUUUGGCAUAUUAUGGUUUAAGGGGUGGGAGGAAGCUUAUUAGAGCGUGGGCGCUUUUUGAAUCUCUUGUGCAACUGGACGACUUGUGACAUAAAGACUGAUAAAUCUGUGAGAUAGAGCAGUUUCCUCAUCAUUGCAAUGCUUAAAACACAUAUUUUAUGUAAGAUUCCAAAGGUUUUCUUUCCUCUCUUUUCAGUGCUUUGUCCAAAGCCUUCCCCCCCCUCCCCCCAAGAGAAAAUUAGCUAGCAUGCACUGCGGACUGUAUGCUUUAAAUAUCCUAAACUAGAAACCAGUCUCUCUGGUUACGCAAUCAAAAAGAUGGCGACUGUGUUGCACCAUGUGGCGACAUAACAGUUGGCUCAUAUUUGUCACUUCUUACCGUUUCACCAUUCAUCAUGGCACGAGGAGCUUUUGGUAUGGAAGUGUCAGAUACAAGCGACUCAAACUGCGAGAAAAAUCGAAAAUUUGCUAGUUCUGAUACAGUACCCAGUGAUUGCAAAAAGUCAAAAAUGUUAAGUCCUGUUGCCUUAGACUGUGAGAUGGUUGGCGUUGGUGGCGAGAAGACGAGUGCUUUAGCUCGGUGUAGCGUUGUUAACUACGACGGUGACGUUCUUUACGACGUUCAUGUCAAACCUGAUAAACCUAUUACAGACUAUAGAACACAGUGGAGCGGAAUACGACCCAAAGACAUGGACAAUGCGAUCUCCUUCAGAUUGGCAAGGAAAAGAGUCAAAAGAUUAAUAAAGAAGCGUAAACUCGUGGGACAUGCGUUACAGUUCGAUCUGAAAGUUCUAAAGCUUAAACAUCCUUCGGAUCUUGUCAGAGACACUUCAAAGCACAUACCGUUACGAGCAAUGGCCGGUUUUCCGCGAAAUUCUACGCCAUCUUUAAAACGACUUACCAGACAGUUGUUGAAGUGGGACAUUCAGGUGAACGAACAUUGUUCUGUGGAAGAUGCUAGAGCUGCUAUGCUGUUGUAUAGGAAGUGUGAGUUUCAGUGGGAAAAGGACAUUAAAGGCAAAGGCGGCCAGUCUUAUUUGGAAGAUGCUUACUGGCCAAACUGGACAGAAGCUGCAAAUUCAUAA